AUGGACCUGCUGCUGGCCAAGGCCAAGCCUGUCAGCGAUGGGGAGCUGGAGGCUUUUCUCACUGCCCAAACCAAAAAACAAGGUGGCAUCACAUCAGAUCAGGCUGCAGUCAUUGCAAAAUUUUGGAAGAACCACCGCAUAAAGAUCCACGAGAGCCUGAUCAAUCAAAGCCGUUGGGAUAAUGUCUUGAGAAACAUGAACUGGCGAGUCGAUCUGAAGGCACAGUCAAGACGCAUCGAUCAGAUAAACACUCCUGUUGCAAUAGUUGAAAUGGAACUGGGAAAAAAUGGGCAGGAAUCGGAGUUUCUUUGUCUGGAGUUUGAUGAGGCCAAGGUGAGCCAGAUGCUGAAGAACCUCGCCGAAAUUGAGGAGAGCAUGACUUUGUUGACUCAGACCACUUAA